AUGAAGUCGGCGCGGCGGUUGAUGCCUGAGGAAGAGGUUUCGGGAAUGGCGUUCACCAAUCAAGGUAAUAUGGAGAACUACAUGAAUCAAGACAAAGGGUAUUUGGUGGUCAAUCGUGAAAAGGCCCAAACUCGGAAUCUUGUCAUCCAGCAGAAAGAAGACUUAAGCUUCCGAGAGCCUGUUGGCGUCCACCUCAUUCAGGCGCCUUACAUGAACCCCAAACUCUUCAUCGGACGAGAGUCUAAGAUGGCUCAGAUGCAAGAGAUUCUACGACCGGCCAUCGCUUUCGCGAAGCGCCACUACCAGGAAGACGAGUCCAUCUUCUGGCUUAAUGCGACGUCCGAGGCCACGCUCAAGGACAGUUUCCGGCUUGCGGCCGAGGCCAUCUUUGAUCUUCGGGAGGCGGGAGUACUGCAGGAUGAGCAGAGCAUCAAGCACACUCAGCGAUGGUUGUGCGACAAGAGGAACACGCGGUGGUUGCUGAUCAAGCGCAUCGCCCCGGACGAAACCCUCAUCUACCAACCUAAGGUCUCGGACGACGAGAAGAAACCUGCUGCCAGACACAAGACGUACACCCUUCGACCGGGCAUUCCCCCUUUCUAUGAUCGGCCUCCUCAUCCACCACUCCCCGACCUAUGGUGGAUCGACGACCCAACACUCGACCGCUACCUCGUCCCCUUCUCACGUGGCGCCCGGGCCUACGCUGAGCUGUACCUCGCCACGGCGGCCGCGUUUCAGCAGUACGGCAGCCCAGACGUCCACUUCCAAGGGGAUCAGGACCUCCGAGAGCUGUACGACACUAGCUACCAGGACCUCGAGAUCAUUGGUGAGGGAGUAACCCCUUGGUAUCGGCCGGACAGUCAUGGGGUGAGGAUCGUGGUGCGUGCUGCACGACUAUUUCUGCCGUGCGAGUGA